AUGCCUUCCUGUUCCUCUUCCGUACCGACACACCAUUUUUCGAACAUGCGUAUCAGCUCGCUAGUCUGCACACUCAGCGCUGUCGCGACGACAACGCCAGCGCUCGUCUCCGCUUCCUUCACCAAAGUCCACCUCCAAGUUAAUCGUACACAUCGCGCCACACAUGCCUUAUCAGCCGGUAGGGGCGACUCAAACCCAUGUGGAACCACGGGUGGCCCUGAUCCGAACGUUGAGAAGCUCAUGUACAUAAACUUGCGGCAAUCUCCUUUGGUUUGAAGCAAAACCCUGACUCGGCGUACACCGCUCCUUCUCUCACAGUUCGGUCCAAGUCGCCAAGCUCAACGCCAAGGCCGAACUCGGGGCAAGCAAAACGUCCAGGUCCGGGAACUUGACAUUUCAAACGUUUUGCCCGGCAGCGCAGAGUCAGCACAUCACUUAUGUCAAAGUGUACUGGCACCAGAUCGUCGUAGACAAGAGUAAGCUCGAUGUCUUUCCACGACCCGGACUCGGUCAUCGAGCUCAAUCUCAUCGUCUUGCCAAUUACAUCCCUAACAGCUCCAGAGGGAGGUCUCCUAUCCCAAGAUAGGCUCAAUAGUCAGAUCAAUACCGUAAAUCAAUUCUUUGACAACAAUAGCUUCCCCUUCCGUCUCCACCUCGAUCCUCAAGACGUUGCGGUAGUUGUCGAUGCGACUACGAGCCAGAACUACGUUGUGGAGGGUGAAGCCGACGUCAAUUUCAAAAAGCCACUACGACGCGGUACCGGGAAGGACCUUAAUAUAUAUUCGGUCAUGAAUCUGGGGUCUUGGAAGGGUAAGUCUCGGGGUGUUUGAGCUCUUGGCAAAACCUUACUUUGAGAGACGCCAAGGGUUAAUUUGAACAUCUUUUCUGUUGCGAUAGGUUGGGGAACCUACCCUUGGUAUUACGCGAACGGAAAUGAGGACGUUAAAGCGAUUGACGGCGUUACGAUCGUCAAUGCUGUCAUUGGGCCAGACCAGGACGCCACCGCGCAAGGUCGACCUACGACGGAGGGCAAGGCACUGGCACAGUGAGUUCAUCUCUGCUCGCUCCCCAUCUGGAUCUUGCUCGGGGACUAAUCUCGCUUCCCUUCCAUCCACCCCCUUUUCUUCGCAUAGUGAAGCCCUCCAUUGGAUUGGCGGUCUCUUGCAUACCUUCCAAGGCAACAAUUGCUCAGGGGACGGCGAUUACGUCGCAGAUACUCGUCCUCAGAGCGCCUCAGCGAACGGUGAAUGCCCGGGCCCUGGAACGAAAUUCCAACUGUCCUGUUCGGCGACCGCAUCGGAGGCACCACAGAGCCUGCAAUACGCUUUCGAUAACUAUGACAAUAUCAGUAAGUAACAUCGUAGUCCGAAAAUAUCACACUAGUCGAGGAGGAGUCUCCCAAGCUCCCAUAUCGGACACCAACUUAUCCCGUCUAGGAGUUCCCCUUCGCCUUCGUGCACACGUCUUCUGUUGCUGCAACUGACCUCGCCUCCGCGCUUGAUUGAUCCACAGUGGACUAUUCAGGCGAAGCCUGCAAGGCCAAGAUUACCUGCGGUCAAAUGACCCGCGCCAUCGCGAUGUGGAACCAGUAUCGUGCCGGUACAUGA